UCGAGCCUGUCCGGGCUGAGGGACGCGGAUCGCGGUUAAACUUCUUCUUCUUCUUCUUCCGUUUAAAACUCUGUUUAACCGUUCACUGGCGCUUGGCUCGUCCGGGAGAAGUUCUCUGUCCAGGCAUUCGCAGAGCCGUGUCUGGGGUGCUGCUCAGCGAAGUUAAUCUCUUCCGCCGAGUGGCGAGUUAGUCUGGCCGCUCCACAGGUAGGAUGGCGGCUUUAACGGUCGGUCGUGGGUGACGGGCCAGUUAGACAAGCCGGGAUGUCCAGAGAUGUCCAGUUUAUAUGUCCGGCCGUAAACUCCCAUAGCCAGACACAGACACAGGUGUGGAAGUCCGACGGAAAACUCGCGGAAAAUCCUAGCUGGGGAAACGAAAGUUAGCCGACAAGGCUACUAACUGCAUCCAUCGGCAGGAUGUCGGAACGCACACCCCUGCUGCACUACCGACUGUCCACCAGUGUCAAUGAGUCCGGGGAGCACGGGGAGAACCGGCCCGGUCCGACCGGGGAGCACGCGGCCCAGCCCAGCCCGCCGGAGCCCCGUCGGAAGGCGGCUCGUGACCAACCGCAGAAGCUCUCGACUUUCUUCGGAGUAAUCAUACCCACCCUCCUAUCAAUGUUCAGCGUAGUGUUGUUUCUACGCAUCGGGUUCGUGGUGGGCCAGUGUGGACUCUACCAGACGGUGGCCAUGUUCCUGGUGGCGUACUUCAUCAUCAGCAUGACGGUGCUGAGUGUGUGUGCCAUCUCAACCAACGGAGCUCUGGAUGCAGGGGGAGCCUACUACAUGAUCAGUAGAGCGCUGGGUCCUGAGUUCGGCGGCAGCAUGGGCAUUAUGUUCUUCCUGGCCAACGUGUGCGGGAGCGCCCUCUACGUGCUGGGGCUGGUCGAGGCAGUGCUGGCCACCUUUGGAGCUCCUGAAG